AUGGCCUCGCAAAGCUGCUGGAGGUGCCUCCUCCGGCCCUCGACAACCGCCAACCAAGCCCCGGCGACCACCAGGCAGCUCGUGCCGACGACCGCAGCCGAGAGGAUAUUGCAGACCAGGACAGUACCCUCCGCGACGUUCUCGACCACCGCGCACCAGCAGGCUACCAAGGGUGGUGGCGGCGGCGGCGGUGGAGGUCAGAACCAGCGUGGCAAGCGCAUGCAGCUGUCCAAGUUCAAGAAGCCCAAGGACAUCGUCAGAGGGAAAACCCCAGGGCCCGGCGAGAGGAAAGCGUGGCGCAAGCGCAUUGUGCUGUCCAACAACAACGCCAUCCCCGUCCACGGCGCCCCGAGGUUGGACGCCAACAACAUGGCGGCUCCUGACAGCGCCGGGAAGGUGUUCAAGAUCCCCGAGGAGACCAUCGACCAGCUGCGGGCCAUUGAGGCGUUCAAGCCGAGCCAGACAUGGGGCCUGUUCAACAGCCCGCACACCCUGGUCCGCCCCGAGACCGUGGAGCUGUGCGCGGGCAUGAAGGAGAAGGCGGCAAAGGGCGAGACGCUGCGGGUGGUAAUAUCGGGCGAGAGGGCCACGGGCAAGAGCGUGGUGCUGUUGCAGGCCAUGGCGAAUGCCUUCUUGAACGGAUGGGUUGUCAUCAACAUCCCCGAAGCCCAGGAACUGACCACCGCCGCCACCGACUACGCGCCCAUCCCCGGCACCAACCCCCAGCAGUGGAUGCAGUCCGUCUACGCCCUCAAGCUGAUGCAGAACAUCCGCAGCGCCAACCGCGCCGUGCUGGACCGCAUCUACACCACCCGCUCCUACGAGCAGUUCACCAACCCCGUGGCCGAGGGCGCCUCGCUCAACACGCUGAUCGAGUCGGCCCGCGAGACCGAGCAGGCGUGGCCCGUCUUCACGGCCCUGUGGCACGAGCUGACGCUCAAGGGCGCCGGCGACAACCCGCGCCCCCCCUUGCUCUUCGCCCUCGACGGCCUGUCCUUCACCAUGCGCGUCUCCGACUACCGCGACACGGCCUUUGAGCCGAUCCACUCGCACGACCUGGCCAUCGUGCGCAUGUUCGCCGACCUGCUCGCGGGGCGCACCGCCCUCCCCGCCGGCGGCGCCGUCGUCGGCGCCACCUGCCGCUCCAACGCCGCCCGCAACCCCAGCAUGGAGCUCGCCCUCGCCCGCCAGCUGGCCCGCCAGCGCGGCGCCCCCGAGGCCGAGCUGCCGCCGCGCGACCCCUUUGGCAAGCGGUACGACGCGCGCACCGACGCCGUCAUGGAGGGCACGGGGAUCCAGGUGCUCGACGUCUCCGCCGUCACCAGGGCCGAGGCCCGCGCGCUCAUGGAGUACUGGGCCGCCAGCGGGAUGCUGCGCGCCCGCGUCGACGAGCGCGAGGUCACGGAUAAGUGGCAGACGGGCGGCAACGGCAUCAUCGGCGAGAUGGAGAGGGCCGGGCUGUUGAGCCUCAGGAUCUGA